GUGCAGUUGAUCAGCAAAGGCCAACCAAGUCUUCUGAAAACUAUUCUAAGUGAAAAUGACUUAGUGUUUCUUGUGGAAAAAGUGGUUUUGGAAAAGGAAGAAACAAGUCAUGUUGAAGAACCACAGUCUGAAGAAACUGCUAUUUCUGAUCUCUCUACUGGUGAAAAUAUUAGGCCACUGGCCUUACCAGUUGGGAGAGCAAGGCAGUUGAUUGGGCUUUAUACCAUGGCUCACAACCCUAAUAUGACCCAUUUGAAGAUUGAGCAGCCAGUGCUUGCCCUUCCUCCUCUUUGGGUGAGAUGUGACGGUUCAGAUCCUGAAGGUACCUGUUGGCUGGGAGCCGAGCUUAUCACAGCACACGACAUCAUCACAGGCGUUGUCUUAUAUGUGGUCACGUGUAAAGCUGAUAAAAAUUACUCUGAAGAUCUGGAACAUCUAAAAAAUUCACACAAGAAAAGACAUCACUUGUCUGCUUUAACAGCCAGAGGCUUUGCCCAAUAUGAGCUCUUUAAGUCGACUGAGUUAGAUGACACUGUCACCCCGUCACAAACUACAGUCACUCUGGAUCUUUCCUGGAGCCCUGUGGAUGAGAUCCUUCAGACCCCUCCCCUGUCUUCAACUGCAGCUCUGAAUAUCAGAGUACAAUCAGGAGAGCCCAGAGGUUGUUUGAAUCAUCUUCACAGAGAACUGAAGUUUCUCCUUGUUUUGGCGGAUGGCAUCAGGACUGGUGUAACCGAAUGGCUCGAACCUCUGGAAACAAAAUCUGCUGUUGAAUUUGUGCAGGAAUUUCUGAACGACUUAAAUAAACUGGAGGAAUUUGAUGAUUCUACAAAAAAAGACAAACAAAAAGAGGAAGUGAACCAUGACGCAGCUGCAGUUGUCAGGUCUAUGCUGGUCACAGUGCGGGGGGAUCUUGACUUUGCGGAACAGCUUUGGUGCAAAAUGAGCAGCAGUGUGGUUUCAUAUCAAGACUUGGUGAAGUGUUUGACAUUGGUCCUGCAGAGCCUGCAGCGUGGUGAUAUACAGCCAUGGUUGCACAGUGGGAGUAACAGUUUACUGAGUAAGCUCAUUCAUCAGUCCUACCAUGGAGCCAUGGACAGUGUCCCUCUCUCUGGAACUACUCCCCUGCAGAUGCUUUUGGAAAUUGGUUUGGACAAACUGAAGAAAGACUAUAUCAGCUUUUUCGUCAGUCAGGAACUUGCAUCUUUGAAUCAUUUGGUGAGUUUCUUUCUCUUAUGUAGUCAUAACAGCACACAGUUGCUAAGUGUCUAUAAUGUGCCAGCCUCUGUUCUAGGUCCUAGGAAUCACAAGUUUUCUGAGUUGACACUGAAUGGUAGCCUGGAAGAAAGGGCUGCCUUCAUCAGCAUGGUUACCUGCAGCCAGGUGCACUUCAAGUAAUGCUCGCUGAGCGUCCUUGUGAGGUGUCAUCUCUCAGCACAAAACAAAAGGGGAGUGAGUUAAUUUUCAGAGCCUAAAAAAUAGACAUCGCAUGAACUUUUGAAGCAGAAAAGAAGAGUGAUCGCGAAGAUGCUCUGACAGACGAAGGUGGAGAGGAGAUCCCAUCUCAGCUGUGGCUCCUGAGGAGAAGUGUCAGCAGCAGGGCAGCAAUGAGGAUGGAGAGGGCGCAGACUGUGGGGACCACAAUCUCCGAAGUCACAUGCAUGUGCCUAAGCAAGGGCUCUGAAAUGGACAGAGAACAUUCCACCGGAAGUGAGCUUUGUUUUGAAGCAAAAGCUAAAAGGGACAUUGCGUUUCUAAUUUUUCUCAUUUGUUGUAAAAGUGAAAUCCAGCAUUAUUUUGAGAUGGAGUUUUGGGACCAUGAGACAAAGGCAGUGUGUUCACUUGGUAUGCAUACAGCUUUUGGGAAUCCUUACCAUCACACAAAACUUACGUGAGAGCUGGAAAUGUCACAGAAAAUCUGCCUAGCUUUGGUUACUUCACUGGUAUUUUAUUAAGCUUGAGUAUGGUUAAUAUUUAUGCUGGCAUUGCAUUAAUCUCAAAAUAUUAGCACCUGUAUUCCAUGGGUUCUCUAGGUUUUACUGCAGGACUUGUAAAAAAAAAAAAUCUUUUGGACUGGGCAUGGUAGUGCACACCUUUAAUCCCAGCACUAAAGAGGCAGAAGCAGCCUGGUCUACAGAGCAAGUUCCAGAAAAGCCACAGCUACACAGAGAAACCUUGUCUCAAAAGGAAAGAAAAGAAAAAGAGUCCCUUGGAAACAUUUUUAGCUUUUUGAGUUCGUUAUUCUCGAUAUACUUACAUCUCAUAUGCUCAUUUAUUACAAUUUAUAAUGGUAAUUCUGACACUUAUUUCUUUGUUAACACAAAAAUUCACUAAAAUGUUAAAUUAUUUGAUAAUUGUUGUGUGGUUUAAUCUUUAAGAGCUAAGUGUUAUAUCCACCAGUCCAAGGGAAGACGUUCAUGUGACUCGCUCUGACUUGUCCGAGCACCCUGGUAACCGAAGUGAACUGGCACGGCUGUGUUCUUGUGCAGCUCACGGGCUAGUCAACAAGUCUUCAUUAAAGCCGUGUUGUCUUUAC